ACUAAUACAUAUUAUAAUAAUGAAUGUAUGAUAAUACUAUUUUCAUAAUCUAGUGAGGUUGCAUAGAUAUAACAAUGAAUAAUAAACAUUUAAGAAAAAAUCCCUACGAAAUUCGUCCUAUUCCUGAGGAAAUAUCAAUCCAAUUAAAAAAAUCUGGAAAUAAAUUCGAUGUGGAUCAAGUAGGACCUAAGAAGUAUAUGGUUUGGCCAUGUUAUAGGAAAUAUAAAGAUGAAAUUUACAAUUUUUCCAUUAAAACAAAUGAUGUUUGGGUAAUAACAUUUGGAAGAUCAGGAACGACAAUGAUGACUGAAAUGGUAUGGCAAAUAGCUAAUAACAUGGAUUUCAAAACAGGGUUUAAAGUGCCCUUAAUCGCGAGAGUUCCUUAUUUUGAGUUUCCUUUAGCUAAUGACCAUAGAAAAGAAUCACUUUUAAAGGAACAUAAAAACGAUCCCGAAAAAUUGACAACUCUUAAUUCAAUUCUUACACCUGAAUGGGAAAAAACUGAGUAUCCAGAAACAAGAAUUUACAAGUGCCACUUACCAAUUUCAUUGCUUCCACCAGAAUUACCCAAAGAAGGAAAAAUACUCUACGUAGUAAGGAACCCUAAAGAUACUGCAGUAUCUUCUUAUCAUUUUAGUAAAAAUUUUUCUGAUCAGCCACCAUUCGAACAAUAUUGGGAUCUUUUUGAAAAGGGCUUACUAUGGUCCACGUUUUUUGAUCACUGUCUAGAAGCAUGGAAUAUUAGAAACCAAGAAAAUGUAUUAUUUUUAUUUUAUGAAGAUAUUGUCAAGGAUAUGAGAUCUACAAUCUUAAAAGUUUGCAAAUUCCUUGGAAAAUCAUAUUCAGAUGCUGAAAUUAAUAAAUUGGUGGAACAUAUGAAAUUUGAUAAUUUUAAAAAGAAUAACAGCGUAAACAAAGAUUACUCUGACUUUUUCCCUAAAUCUGAUAGAGAUUUUGUAAGACAAGGCAAAGUAGAUUCCUAUAAGGAAUUAUUUACGAAGGAACUUAAUGAAAGAGCUAACAAAUGGAUCAGAGAAAAUUACCUGAAAACUGAUAUGAGAUUUCCUACCAUGCCUGAAUAAAUAUUUAACAAUAUAAUUGUUUAUAUUACAUUAAAGUUAUCUAAAGUAUAUAAAAAUUUUAACCUUGUUAAUGUUUGUAUAUGUGAAAAAUAUUUUAUUUAUUUUAUAUCAGAUAAAUAAAUAUUUAUAUAAUUUAAAAUUAUU